GAAACGGCAUCGUUUUAUCAUUUCUACAUUUUUUUCUUCAAAAUAUAAAUCGUUUAAUUUUGUGAAAAAACCCUAAUCGACGAGACGACGGCUAGUAAGAUGAACGACGGCGGAGCUAAACCGGAGACACUGCUUAGGGUUGCAGAAAUCGGUGGAAGAGGAAGGAGUUUGGUGGCGGCACAGUCUCUUCGUGCUGGACAAGUUAUCCUAAGAGAGUCUCCUCUCCUCCUCUACUCUGCUUUCCCAUUUCUCUCCUCCUCUGUUUCUCCUUACUGCGACCAUUGUUUCCGGUUAUUAGCUUCAUCGGCGCAUCAGAAAUGUCAAUCUUGCUCUCUCGUCUCCUUUUGUAGCCCCAAUUGCUUCGCCUCUCACACUCCUUGGCUCUGUGAAUCUCUUCGCCGGCUUCACCAAUCCUCCUCUACAUUCUCCGAUCAACCUUCUGAUCGCCAAGUCCAAGCUCGUUUCCUCCUCUCUGCUUACAACCUCGCCGCUGCUUCUCCUUCUGAUUUCCAGAUUUUGCUCUCUCUCCAAGGUAGUGGCAGCAGCAAUGGAGAUCCUUCUUGUUCUUCUGCGACUGAUUCUACAGCUGCUGGGUUUCUUCAUUCUCUUUUAUCAGCCGUGUGUCCACCUCUUCCGGUUCCAAUCUCGCCGGAGCUCACGGCGGCUUUACUGUCAAAGGAUAAAGUUAAUGCCUUUGGUUUGAUGGAACCGUUCUCUGUUUCGAAAGAGAAAAGAUCGGUUCGAGCUUAUGGGAUUUAUCCGAAGACUUCGUUUUUCAAUCAUGAUUGUCUUCCUAAUGCUUGUAGAUUCGAUUAUGUUGACUCUGCUUCUGAUGGUAAUACUGAUAUCAUCAUUAGGAUGAUUCAUGAUGUUCCUGAAGGAAGAGAAGUUUGUUUAAGCUACUUCCCUGUGAACAUGAACUACUCGAGUAGACAAAAGAGAUUGCUUGAGGAUUACGGUUUUAAGUGUGACUGUGAUCGGUGCAAAGUGGAAUCUAGUUGGUCGGAAGGUGAGGAAGAUGAGAAUGAGGUUAUGGAAGAGAUGGAGAAUGAAGAUGAAGAAGAAGAGAUGGAGGAUUCAGAAGGUGGGAAUGUAGAAGAAGUUUGUGGAAAUGGUGUGGAUGAUGAAUCUAAUUUUCCUCAUGCUUACUUUUUCGUGAGAUAUAUGUGUGAGAAGGAGAAUUGUUUUGGCACUCUAGCUCCGCUUCCGCCGAAGACUCAUGAUGCUUCGAGAGUUCUUGAAUGUAAUGUUUGUGGAAGCCUUAAGGAGGAUGAAGUUGGUGGAAAUCAAUGAGACUCAAACGGGUUCAGUGGUUGAUGCAGAUAGAUCACUUAAACAACAAGAGGUUUGUCUUGACCAUGAGCCAAUGUUUGUUUCUGUUGGGUUCCUCUACUCAGUUUUAGAAAUCGGAUUAAUCAUGCUCAAACUAUUCCAAUGUAGUUUUUUUCUACUGCUAUAUCUUCUGAGUGAACUAUAAUGGCCUGUGGAAUUAUAUAGAAACACAAGUUUUGUUGUGUAUCUGGAACAACAGUUUUUGCCUGAUUAAAAGAAAAAUCAUAACUUUUC